AUGAGUUUCGUAUUUUCUUUACUUGUGAGCUUCGGAGCUCUUCUCUUCGCUAGUACUGUUUGGUAUAUAGCGAGUUCUGUAGACUAUUUCUUUUUUAUUUGGCACCCAACUUUAAUGGCUAUGGUUCUUUUAAUGGCAACACAAGGCAGUGCUGUUCUUCAAAAAGCAGAGUCCAGACAAGAAAAAGAUGCUUCCUUAAAUUUUCAUAAAUUGAUGCAAUCUAUUACUUUUUUGAGCGUAAUUGGAGGCUUCUAUGUAAUUUAUACAUUUAAAGCAGAGGGAAAUAAGGAACAUUUUACGUCUCCUCAUGGAAAGUCCGGAUUGAUUACAUUUUUACUUAUUCUUAUUCAAACAAUUGCUGGAUCAACCUUGGUGAAUUUUCCUGGAGUAGUUGGGGGUGCUGCAAAAGCAAGAGGUAUGUAUAAGUAUCAUAGGACUUCUGGUUAUUUAGUUUUGUUUUUAGUUUGGCUAACAGCCCUUGGAGGAACUCAAGCCGAUUGGACUAAAAGCCAAUUUGAUCAUCUUUGGGUUUGGUUGUUGGCUGCGGGAAUGGUGUUGGUCGGAACCAUUGGUGGAAUUAAUUCAAAUAAACUAAAAGUUAGGUAG